GUCGCCGGGGGCGUGACCACGUGACUCCGGGGGCGGGGCUGCGCCGCCGCCUCCGGCCUGCCUGGUCCGAGGGGCUCGCGUACCGGCCCGGUUGGCGCGGAGGCCCCUGCCCCCGGCCCUGCGCGCGGAGGGCGCUGCUCCCGCCUCUCGUCGGCCCCAGAAUGCAAUCUUCCUUGAGAAAUCACAUUCUCAGGACCAGAAAGUAAAUGCUGCUUUUCCUCCAUUUACAUUCUAGUGUUGGAAAUACCGAGUAAGAAAUUAGUGUAUAUGAUGCUGGAAACUUGUAGAGACAAACAGCUCAUGACUCAAAGGCCUAAAACAAGUGUGUCAUUCAAGUUCUUGUCAGGAAAAUGACAAUGAAGAAGAUGAUGGGUCAAGACGACCAAUGGAAAACUCCCUAGGAGAGAGCCAUAGCAAUGUGCACUUCAGAAGAGAGAGCUAAUCAGAGAACUCGGAGAAGGAAAUUAUAUCAUGCGUGCCCUCAGAAGGGUAAAAAGAUUUUCAUUCAUGUGCAUGAGAUUACUCAAAUAGAUGAUCAGAUAUACCAGUGCCUUGAACGGGAGCAAAACUUCUGUGAGAACUUAGCUCUUAUUAUGUGUGAGAGAACCCACUCUGGGGAGAAACCUUAUCGAUGUGAUAUGUGUGAGAAAACAUUUGUCCAGCGCUCAGAUCUCAUUUCACACCAGAGGAUCCACAAUUAUGAGAAACCUUAUAAAUGUAGCAAAUGUGAGAAGAGCUUUUGGCACCACUUAGCCCUUUCAGGACACCAGAGAACACAUGCAGGUAAAAAAUUCUAUACAUGUGACAUUUGUGGCAAGAAUUUUGGACAGAGCUCUGAUCUGCUUGUCCACCAGCGAAGCCACACAGGUGAGAAACCAUAUCUGUGCAGUGAGUGUGAUAAAUGCUUCAGUCGAAGUACAAACCUCAUUCGGCACCGAAGAACUCACACCGGUGAGAAACCAUUUAAGUGUCUGGAGUGUGAAAAAGCUUUUAGUGGGAAAUCGGAUCUCAUUAGCCACCAGCGAACUCACACUGGCGAAAGGCCUUACAAAUGUAAUAAGUGUGAGAAAAGUUAUCGACAUCGAUCAGCCUUCAUUGUUCAUAAAAGAGUUCAUACUGGGGAGAAGCCCUAUAAGUGUGGUGCCUGUGAGAAAUGCUUUGGCCAGAAAUCAGACCUCAUUGUUCACCAGAGAGUCCACACAGGGGAGAAGCCCUAUAAAUGCUUGGAAUGUAUGAGAAGUUUUACUCGGAGUGCCAACCUAAUCAGGCACCAGGCAACUCACACGCACACUUUUAAAUGCCUUGAAUAUGAGAAAAGUUUCAGCUGUGGCUCGGACCUUAUUGUGCAUCAGAGAAUUCACAUGGAAGAGAAACCACGCCAGUGGUCUGCAUGUGAGAGUGGCUUCCUCCUAGGCAUGGGCUUUGUUGCCCAACCCAAAAUGAGAACUCAGACAGAGGAGCUGCAUUAUCAAUACAGCGUGUGUGAUAAAGGCUUCCGCCAGAGCUCAGGCCUCCUUCAGCAUCAGACAGUCCACAUCCGUGAAAAACCGUAUAUCUGCAAUGUGGGUGAGAAGGGGGUUGAGCUCAGCCCUCCCCACCCCUCAGAAGCCUCACAGACUUCUUGGCCAGACAAGAAGUUAUAACACCACAAAAAAAAGUACUUUGAGUAGAGAACUCAUUAAGAUGAAAAACUAUAGGCAAAUCUUAGACCUUUGGAAGAGCUCAGACUUCAGUGGAGAGCAGAGAAUCUGCACUUUUAGGAAAUUGGGAAAUGGUUUGCCCAGAGAGCAACCCUAACAGAACACCUAUAAGUCACUCCAACAAGAAAUCUUCAAAGGCCUUCAGGUUUGGAAAACCUUUAGUCUGAGUUCAUAGCUGAUCCCCAUAAGAGGACUUGUACCGGUGGGAACUUUGGAGAUGCAGAGAGUGAGCUUCCUAGCAAUGCUCACUCUUCUCUUUCUGAGGGAAUUCUCACCAAAAGAAAAUGCACUUGGUGUGAACAGUGCUUCACACACUGUACAGCUCACUGGAUGUCAGAAACCCACACUUGGGAGAAAUCCUAGCAAGUGUGGAAAAAGCUUCCAAUAGAACUAUGACUUUCUUACCCAUCAAAGAAGCCAUAUUGGUGAAAAUUUAGGCAUUUGUCUGAAAUGUGGCGAAAACAUUAGAUGGAGAAUCUUGGGUUUGUAACAACACA